CAUCUAAACUCUCUCACCCUCUACAUCUCUGAUGAGGAGAAUCCACCUCAAUCGAUUAAUUGAUAUCCGCUCUUUUCAAAUAUCUCUUCUAGUUUCUGUUUCCUUCUGAAUUCAACAACACAAUAAUGGAGAGGAUAUGGCAGAUCGUAAACCUGAAGUGCAUGAUGCGGCGGUGGCGCGCUCUAAUUCUCCGGAGUUCGGACGCCUACAAGCACCCAACUCGGCAGGGUUACGCUGCCGUAUAUGUCGGGUCUGACCGGCGACGAUUCGAGAUUCCGGCUAGAUACCUCAAUCUUCCGGUUAUAGCUGGACUUCUUGAAAAAGCGGAAGAGGAGUUCGGCGGAGCACAGCCCUCCGGCGGCCUCUCGUUGCCAUGCGAGCCGCUGUUCUUCUUGUGGGUUCUCCAGCUUCUCAGCCGAGACGAGUCUCGAUUUCGCAGCCUUGAACUUGAAGCUUUCUCCUGCCUCUAUGUUCAUCUCUCAUCUGCCGGAGACUACUCCAUUUCCAUGGCCGCAAUGAGGUGCUCGCAAAGCUUCCGUGUUCUGCAAACUGCUAGAUUUGAUGCACCGUGAAAUGAUUUUAUAUCCAAAUUUUAAAUUUUAUAUUUAUUUAUAUAAUUUAUAAAUAAGUAUAAAAAUUUAAAUAUUUGAUAUAAUAAUCGAUAAAAAUAUGUAUGAAAAUCCCCGCUUUUUAUUAAUGUAAAUAAAUAAAAUUUCCUCUGUGAUAUA